GAUAGAGCAAAUUCAUUCAACAACAUCGUAAAUUUGUCAACUUACCAACUUUCAAAGAUUCCGAAGAUGGGGCGCGGAGAUGUUCCCUGCCACAUCAUCGGCAAGGUCUUCGAUGAGAACCAACAGAUCAUGGAUCUUAUCGACGAGCUCGCAGCAGAGAAAGAGCAAAACAAGGCCCAGCUGCAACGCAUUCUUGACAAGAUCUACAGGAAUAUCGCCAGAUACGGUGAUGCCUCAGAGGGCAAGCAAAGUGUUGAAGCUUAUGUCUACGACGGAUGGCGAGGCCUCCUAAACACCAUUAAAGCUAUCCUGAGACUGCUUGGUACCGACUUUGUAGGCGCCAGGAUGUGUUUGUUUCUCGGUGCAGAACUCAUCCGUCAUCCCGGUGUCCCCAAAUAGUAUGAAGACGAUACAGCAGAUGAGGAGCUUGCCGAUUUAUAUGAGCUUUGCAC